AUGAAAAAUGAUGUAAAAGAUGAUAUAAAAAAUGAUAUAAAAGAUCAUAUAAAAAAUGAUGUAAAAGAUGAUAUAAAAGAUGAUAUAAAAAAUGAAGAAACAAACAGUGUCAAGUAUCAUAUUAAGAAUGAAAUAAGAAGAUAUGAACAUGUGUAUGGUAUUGAAUAUAUAUAUGAAAAAAAGAAAAAUCGAAUGUUCUUUUUAUUUGUAAUAAUAAUCUUGUCUGUAUUUGUUUUGUAUUACUUUUAUCUGGGUUAUAUCAGAGGAUAUUUAAGUGUCAACGAAUUUCAUAUAUUUCUUUUUAUAAUAUAUAUAUCUUGUAUCAUAGUAUAUUUCAACAAUAUUUUUACUGAAAAAUUACUUUUAUUGAAAAAUAUUGGUAUACAAAUUGAUAAAAAAGAUUCAUUUGAAAACUAUACAAAAUUUAUAUGUAAAAAUGAGAUACAGAAUAUUUUCCUUAAUGAAGCCAUUUACAUGUUUGAAAUAUGUCCAUAUUUAUGUAUUAAGCUAAAAAAUAACGAUUCUGUAAUUCUCUUCAAGGAUGUUGUGUUGGGUAUGAAAAAUAUGGUAAGUAUCUAUAGAGAUAUAAAAAAGAUAUUCUUUUAUAAUGAUAAUAAUAUAUUAAAGACUAUAAAAAUAACACACGUAAAAAAUGACAAGGGUAUAUAUGAAAUUGGAAAAUCUGAUGGAGAAGCAGAAGAUGAAAUGAGCGACUCUGUAAGUUACAAUAUAAGUGAACCUAUGAGUAAUCAUACGAGUGAUAAUAUGAGUGACAAUAUAAGUGAUCAAAUAGAUCAUUUUGAAGAAGAUGAAGAAGUAAAAAAAGUACUACAAAAAAAAUAUAAUUAUACAAAAAACAAAAAUCAUGAUAAUAUAAAUUUAGAAGACAAUACAUGUUCUACAAAUAAUUAUUCUUCAAGUGAAGAAAAUAUUUUCAAAUUAUUAAAUUUCAGUUCAUAUGAAAAUAUUAAAAUUGAUAAAAGAUCUAAAAAGUUGAGAAAAAAUAAUUCAUAUGAUGUAUAUAUAAAUAAGCAAUUAGCAAUAGAAAUUAUGAACAAUUAA